GAAAGAGAAAGAGGCGGGUCUUGUUAAGGAAAUGAUUUCCUUGUCUGUGUAUGUCAGUCGAGCGAAUGUGCGGAAUGGCGAGCUAAAACGUUAAACAAAAGCUAUCGGUCAGAUUUAGUGCUCUGCUUCACGGUUUCGGUGCUUCACUGACUGAUGCCUCUUGGGGUAGAAUCGGCCUCGCCUCUGUGAUUCCCACUGAGAGAGAGAGUGAGUGUGUGUGUGUGUGUGUGUGUGUGUCUGUCUGUCUGAGAGAGAGAUGAUGACCACGGAGCUGCUGCUGUCGGAGCUGGACAGCCGCUUCUGCGCCGAUAACCUGCUGACCAGCGCGGACUGGGAUGCCUGUCUGUAUCAGUGUGAGGAUAUGGAGGAGGACUUCACCGGAGAACUGAAGUAUGACACUUCGCUGGACAGUGAUCUGGUCCUCACGCUGGACCCUGAUGACCCCACUUCCCCGUGGAAGAACCUGGAGCACAACUUCACAGGUGAAGUGUCAGUCCUGAAGGAUGACAUGACGAUAACACAACCUCUGCCAGUGGACAUGUUUUUCCAGGUGAAGACCGAACCUCCAUCGCCUGUGUCGUCUCUGACCUCUGACAGCUCCGUCCCAUCUGUCCCCGAGCCUCAGGUGACUGUGAAGAGUGAGAACCCCCCCACUCCACCGCACAUGUGUGGAGACGUGCUGCUGCCACCACUGUCCAGUGUCACCGCCCCACACCAGCCCCGGACCACACAGACACACACUCUCAGCAGCCUCGACACACACUCCACAGGGCUCUCCUCCGCAGCGACGCUGAAGGCCAGCAGUAGCAGUAUUCUGUGCAGUAAGCCUCUGAUCCAGCCCAAACCGGUGUGUGUGGCUCAGAGCAGCAGACCAGCCCCAGCUCUCCUCCUGCAGAGCGUCCCACUCCCCGUCCCAGAUGCACAUGUUAUCUGUCUGUCUCCUGCAGUGGUUCUGUCUCAGUCCGUGUGUCUGGCUUCUGCUCCCGCUGUUGUUAAAAUGGAGCCUCUGUCUCCCAGCAUGCCUCACUGCACCAGCCCCUCAGCCCCGGGCCCCAGCAAACCCAUCAUCCCAGCGUCCAGUCUGCCCGGACACGGCUGCGCAGACAUCAACAUGAAGGUUUUGAAGAGGCAGCAGCGCAUGAUCAAGAACCGGGAGUCAGCCUGCCAGAGCCGCAAGAAGAAGAAGGAGUACCUGCAGAACCUGGAGGCGCAGCUGCGGGAGGCGCAGCAGGAGAACGAGCGUCUGCGCAGGGAGAACCAAGCGCUGCGACUGCGGCUCGCCGGGAGAGAGGCCGCUGAGUCCGGCAGCAACAAGGGAGCGCUGUGUGUGAUGGCUCUGUUCCUCUUCAUCACCUUCGGCCCCGUCAGUUUGAGAGACAGGACGCUGGAAGCUGGACUGCAGGAAGCUGCUCCGCUGACAGGAAGACGUCUGUUGGAGUUUGAGACGUCUCAGGAGCUGAGCCGGAGACGAGCGAGCGAGAGACAGACGGACCGAGAGGAAGAAGAGCGCUGGGGCAAAGGAGAGCUGGACAAGAAAGCUGCUGCCUCGUAUCAGUUCAGGAAUCAGAGCGGUGUGUUCAGUGACGUCAAAGACCUGCUCCUGGAGGACAUAGACCGAUACUUCUCUGACUGCAGACAGUUCAACCGCUCCGAGUCCGUCAGGUUGGCAGAUGAGCUGCGUGGGUGGGUCCAUCGCCAUCAGAUCAACAGGAAGUCUGAUGGAAAGGCCAAGGGGGUGAAGAAGACUAAAAUAGCUCAGAAAGCUCAGCACAGAAAGACGAACUUCUCCAGGUACCUUCCAAUUCAGGCUCAUCGCUCCAUCGAAAGUCAGCUGCAGGUGCUGCCCGGGCCAGAGAUCAGCUACAACGACUUUCUGGACGCUAUCGACCGGCGCGAGGACACUUUCUAUGUGGUGUCAUUCAGACGGGAUCACCUGCUGUUACCCGCCAUCAGCCACAAUAAAACCACUCGGCCCAAGAUGUCUCUGGUCAUGCCUGCCAUGGCCAUCAACGAUUCGGUGUAUAACUCGUCUCAGGGCGGCUAUGAGAUGAUGAUGCAGGUGGACUGUGAGGUGAUGGACACCAGGAUCAUCCCAAUCAAGUCGUCUGUAGUCCCGCCCUCCCUCAGAGCCCCGCCCCCUGCCCCGCCCCCUCACCACCACCGCAACCACAGCUCCCUGCGCAGCCGGCCCCAGCCCCUGCAGAGACGGAGGAGCGCGGGUUACUUCAUCAGCCAGAGCGGCUCCGACUGAG